AAAAAUCUAAAAAUAGGAACCGGAAGUUAAAAAAAUAAAAAAAAUAAAAAUGAAUUUCAUUUACAUUUUUCGCCAUUUCAUACCGAUUUCGGCUUCUUAGAGAUCUGAUCUGAAAUGCUGAACUUUGACAUAGAUAUUUGAUGCUGUGUGGGUGCUACACAAAUUAUAAACCCUGUAGACUUGCACACAUAAACAGAAAAUGUUACCACAGAGACGCAGUCGUGGACAAGGAAUGGGGUUGAUGCUCCUGGCAUUGCAACUGCUCAGUGUUGGCUUCGACAAAAUCCCUCCAACUACUUUAUCUACAAUACUGGCCAAUGUUGCUAUAUAUCUCAAAUUGUUCAGAAUACCGUGGCUGCCAACAUCAUUGGGAGGAGUAUGUGUCAGCAUAGUGAAUGUAUGGUACCGUCAGGAGUGGAUGCGUGUUCUUUUAGCUGCCUUUUACCAUGCAGAUGACUGGCAUUUAUAUUAUAAUAUGGUUUCAUUUCUCUGGAAAGGACUGACACUUGAACGGAAGCUUGGAAGUGGAUAUUUUCUGUAUGUAAUACUUGUAUUUUCUAUACUAGUCAACGGCACUUUACUUGGGCUGAAUGUGCUACUAGAGUACCUCCUCCAAGACCCAAGUUACGCAGGCUCCUGUGCUGUUGGAUUUUCAGGAGUAGUGUUUGCGUUGAAGGUGUUGAGCACACAUUUUCUUCCCCCAGGCACACAGCUUAUCAUGGGAUUUAUUCCUGUACCAUCCAGGAUUGCAUGCUGGGUAGAAUUAGUCGUCAUUCAGCUGCUCGUCCCAAAUGCAUCUUUUACUGGUCAUUUGGCAGGAAUACUUGUUGGACUAGCAUUUGUUAAAGGCCCAUUGAGAGCAAUCAUGGAUUUCUUUGUACCUACAGGUAGAGGUCAUUUAUUCAGAUCUUAUACAUAUCAUACCGGGUCAACUGGUCACAGUGGCAACACAACUGGUCGUACAGGCAACACAUCUGGUCACCAUGGCAACACAAACAAUUACUACAGCAACACUACUGGUAAUUCAAACAACAGAAAUCAAAACCAUAGCAACCCAUACUCUGACUUAACAGGUGGAUUAAGUGAAGAGGCUCAGAUACAGGAGGCAAUAAGACGUAGUCAAGGUAACGAAGAUAGAGGCACUGACCAUAGUUACAAUGAGUCUGUGCGUCGCGAAAGGCAACAACAAACAAGUGAUGAUCAGUCUGGAUUAAGUGAUGAGGAACAAAUGGCUGAAGCAAUAAGACGAAGUAGAAAUGAAGUAUCAGCUGGUGCAGAUAACACAGGAGGUGUUCACCUCUACCCAACAUUGCCAUCUGAGAUUGUCCCUCCUCCACAGCCUUCUGGAAUUGCCCCUCCUCCCCCUGAGCCUUCUGCUCCAUCUAAAACUCCACCAGAAGUACGGAAACGAUUAAAUGCAGAGGAACUGAGGUCAAGACGUUUAAAACGAUUUGAACCAAGAUUUGCGGAAAAUCGUAAACACUAAUUCAAUGAUGUGUGGAAAAGCAGAGUGGCUAUAAUGUGCAAUGAUACCAAAACUUAAACCAAAUUUUAUCUCUCAUGAACUCAUUGUUCCUAUUGACCACGAGAUUUCAUGGAAUUCCUCUGUCAGUUACACUCCUCUCACUCCCCACCCCAUUGAUCCCAAAGUUUUUGAGAAAGUUUCUUUUUUGUGGGGACUAAGAGUGAUUAUUUAGUUCAUGGCAUUAUAGAACUGUAGAACUGCAUUACAUUACUCAUAUUUUCUGUUUAAAAUGGGAAGCAUUUUUAUGAGUUAAAAAAUGCGAAUGAAAUAGAUGCCAAUAUCCCCAGAAGGCAGAAAUACAUCCUUUGAAA